UAUAGCAGUUCUUAAUGUUAUUCCUUUUCAAGAGCUUGUCUCCAGCAAACAGAAAAACACAUCAAAUAAAUCCAUAAAUCUACGAUGAAGUGCCAAAAAUUCAUAUCUAUCCCAGUCUUCAGUGUAUUUGUUUUAAUGGGUUUUAUUUAUUAUGUUACACUCUUCAUUGUUGUAGAGAAUUGGGUUGGUUUACAGAGCUCAGCUGGGACUUUAAAUGCUUUGAUCUUUACUUUGAUGGCUUCUUUAUGUGUUUUCUCUUUCUCUGUUUGUGUUCUUACUGACCCUGGUCAUGUCCCUUCUUCUUACGUCCCUGAUGUUGAAGGGAAUCAUGUUCAAGAUAAUGAAUCACAAAUGAAGCAAUGUGAAAAGUGUUGCACAUACAAGCCUCCCAGGGCUCAUCAUUGCCGGAUCUGCAGAAGGUGUGUUCUGAAGAUGGAUCAUCAUUGUUUAUGGAUAAACAAUUGUGUUGGUUAUUGGAAUUAUAAGGCUUUUCUCAUAUUACUUCUCUAUGCAACUGCAGCAAGUAUCUAUUCUAUGGUCAUGAUUAUAAGCAGCGUGUUUCAAAGAAACUGGGAUUUUGGCGGGAGGACUCCCCUCAAGACUUUUUAUAUUGUUUUUGGAGCAAUGAUGACAGCCCUGAGCGCAACACUUGGGACUUUCUUGGCUUGGCAUAUCUACCUUAUUGCUCAUAAUCUGACAACCAUAGAGUAUUAUGAAGGAAUACGUGCUGCAUGGCUGGCUAGGAAAUGUGGGCAGAGUUAUCGACAUCAAUUCGACCUUACUGUUUAUAAAAAUAUCAUCUCGGUAUUGGGUUCAAACAUGCUUAAAUGGUUAUGUCCCACAGCAGUAGGCCAUCUAAAAGAUGGAAUGAACUUUCCUACAUCACAUGAUAGUUGAUAUACAUGUCCAGUUGCUUCUCAACUCUCAGAAUUUGGGGCCUCUUAUGCAACUGAUUCAGAAUAUGAGGAAUUCACAGUUGUCCAUUCUAUUCUUCAAAAAUUCUCUAGCUGAGAAGAAGCUAGACAGAGUUACUGACUAGCAGCAAGGCGGAGUUUGCUGAAUAACCUUGGGAAAGUAUUCUGUCUAAAUAAAUCAAUAGUAAGUUUUUCAAGCAUACUGUAAUUAUUGUUGUUUAAUUGGAUAAACCAUUGUUCUUUAUACCUUUGCUAGAAUGUAACAUAGGAGAUGUAGAAAUUGUAGAUCAAGGCUUCUCUUGUAAACACAAACUAUAUACAAGUGUCUUUUUUGGCAGACGAAUGUUUCAAUACAAUUCUUGGUAACGAAAAUUUUGUCGAA